AUAAAGGAGAACAACACCGCUGACACAAUUGUUGUCCAUAUUAACACAACAAAAAAAGAUGUAACGCUGAAUCUCACAGAGAAUCCUGGGAAUGCCUUUGAUCUGAGAGGUUCAGACCUGCUAGCGAAGAAAGGACUGGACUUCGAAGUAUUUGGUCCAAGCUAGUAAUAGUCAUGUAUGGUCAUUCACUCAAGCUGGUGUUGAUGGUUGAUCAACUGGACUACCAACUGUCUUCACCUGAUUAGAGCUGCUAUUGGACAGUUUGACCAAUCUAAGCUGGUAUGAUUUAGGAUUUCAGAAGUGGGACUUCUAAUGAAGAUUCACAAUCUCAAAGUUUGUUAGUAACUUCGUUUAUGAUGUUUUACUGCUUUCCAGACUCUUUCAGGCCCUGAAGAACUAACAGUCCAGGUCCGAUGUAAUAAAACUGGCUUCAAAAGUAUCAUUCUGACCAUGCUUGUUCGUGUGGAGAAUAUCAAUGACAACCCUCCAUCGUUUGCUCGGAGCGAGUAUACAUUUGACAUAAAUGAGCUCACACCAGUUAAUACCAGCAUUGCCCUGAUUGAAGCAAUAGAUGAUGAUUCAGAAGUUCUGUAUUACUCCAUGGAACCAACUGUGUACUUCAGACUUGAGACCAUGUAUACGCCAAGCAUCCUCGUGAACAAGGUUUUGGAUUAUGAUGUCAUCCAACAGGUGAAAUUGACCUUGAAUGUGCAGGACACUCAACCUCCAUCACAGCCAGAUGAACUGUCCUUCACAGCUUCAACAACCAUCACAGUCAAUAUUAAAGACAUUGAUAACCGUCCUCCUUGGUUCCAACCAUGCACAAGAGUAACCAUUGGUAAUGCCAAAAUCUGCCUGAGCUUGGGCUAUAGAGGCAGGGUCAACUUAACGGAGAAACAGGAUGGAACAUUGCAAUUGCAGCCAGGUCCGGUGUAUGCCAAAGAUGGGGAUAAAAGCAGAAAUGAAGAGAUAAGCUAUAAAAUUGUUCGAGGAAAUGAAGACAGUAUAUUUCAGAUUGAUGAGAACUCUGGUAACAUAACCAUGCUGAAACCAGCAGAUAUAGCAGGCCCAAUAUCACUCUUAGUUUUGGCUUCCCAAAUAACAAACAGAGAUCAGUUUGCCACCACUUCAGUCACCAUUGAUGUCAUGAAAAAGAGCAGAAAUCCUCCAAGGUUUGAGAAGGAACGAUAUGAAGGGUAUGUUUACAGUAAUUCAGGCCCGGAAAACAUGGUGCUAAGGGACAGGAUCUCAAACAGACCCUUUAGAGUGAGAGCAAGGGAUGAAGAUUUCGCAAGUGGAAUCAAUCCUGACAUUCGAUACGAAGUGCAAUACAGCAGCUAUGUUAAUAUAACAACAGAUGGAUUUAUACUUUUGAAGAAAGCUGUUCGGACGGAUUCCUUUGCUUUACAGCUUCGGGCAGUGGAUAUAUCCACUGGUGAGUCGGGAACAGCCGCACUGUCUGUUGUUGUAUUACCAUUAGUGGGUGUCCAGUCACCGGAUGAAAGCUACCGCGCAGGAGACAUGGCCUUGCUGGGCUUCGUAAUGGCUGCUUUGCUAGUGCUCUGCCUCAUUGUGAUCGGCUAUCUCAUAUCCCGUGUAAAGAAGGGGAAUCCUGGCACGCUCAUGUUGUCUGAGUGUUUAGGGUCAUGCUUGAAGUUUACUCAGCCCCCUAACAGGCCAAGUCCAAGAGAUAGCAUGCAGUUCACCAAUGAUGGUUUCUUGAAUGAAGGGGACCCGGGGAGAUCCAGAUCCAGGCGUGCCGAACUGAGAGAUAGGAGACUGGAUGCAGUUCAAGCAGCUAGGAUGCAAGUGAUACCUCGUGAGAGACAGAAGCACUGCAGCGCCUGUGGUCUUCGGGUACACGCCAACCACGCACACCACAGCAGUCCUGCCAUCCAAAUCAAAGGAAGGGCAAGUAAGGAAAGAGUCAAAUCCAUUCUGGCUAAAGAGAGGAAGAGAGAUGAUCGACAGAAGACUGUAUGGUUCAAGGAAAGCGAGGAUUCUUCAGAUAUCGAGGUGGAGAUCAUUCCUGAUAAUAUCGGGCUUAAGCCUGAAGAGGAUAUGGAGAAAGUGGAAAAGGAUAUUGCGUCCCCUCCACUGGAAAGCAGUGAAAUGGAAUUGGGUGACUUGACUAUGUUGAAUAUACAGGACUUGAGUAACAGCAGGGAAACUGCUAUUUCUGAUAGCGGAGACGGACUUAACAUGGAUAAAAGGGACCAGUGAGGACCAGUUAGCGUAGCACGCAAGAAAAGCCAUGAACUAGAGCUCUUUGCUCUUUGGAAACUGAAUGUUAUUUUGGCUGAACUAAUACAGUAUAAUAUUGUAAAAAAUAAAAUGCAAUUUUGCCCAUAUUUGGUGCUUUUAAAAGAUAUAAUUUGUGGCACAAUUGACAAUUGUGGUGACCAAUAUUUAGGCUAUGAGCUCUGAUUUGUGUUUUUCCAUUGUUUUAUACUACGUGUGGUAAACUAACAGGCAAACAUGUUUUGAGUUAAUACAGCUUAACUUAAUAAUACAACAUUCACAAUAAUUAAAGAAAAGAGUACUUAGUAUUUAAUGCUGAUUUUCUGCUCUUAUUUUAUGUCUGUUGUGUUUAUGAAUAAUACAUCGUGGAAUACAAUAUUUUUUAUGAAAAUGUAAAUGAUUUGAUGUGAAAAAAAUCCAGAAUAAAGCAAGU